UCUCCAAGAGAGGUCCGGCCCGCGCGGGAGCCCACAGCCACUUCGAGGGUUGGGCCGGAGCGCCGCUGAGAGCCGGGCGAUGGACGAGGAGACCCUGAGGGAGGCUCUGGCUCGUUACCGGGACGCCGGGGGACCCUCGUACGAGGAGUUCGCGCGAGGCGGGGGGAUUGAUCGCCCGGGCGGCUCGGAGCUGAGCUACUCCCGGUUCUUCCGGGAGUUCCUGGUCCCGAACCGGCCGUGCGUGCUGUCGGGCUCCGUCACCGCGGCCUGGCCUGGCCGACAGCUGUGGGUACAGGAGGACGGCGGCCCGGACUUCCAGCAUUUACUGCACCGCUUCGGUGAUGCGGUGGUACCUGUGGCAAACUGUGACGUGCAGGAAUACAACGCCAACCCCAAGGAGAGCCUGACGCUGAGCGAGUACCUGAGCUACUGGCGGGAGCGCAGGGCACACGGUCACACCAGUCCCAGGGGCUGCCUCUACCUGAAGGACUGGCACAUGCACAGGGAUUUCCCAGAUCACGGCGUCUACAGCACUCCGCUCUUCUUCCGCUCUGACUGGCUGAACGAGUACUGGGAUUCCAUCCGGUUGGAUGACUACCGCUUUGUCUACAUGGGGCCCAAGGGAUCGUGGACCCCGUUCCACGCUGACGUCUUCCGCUCCUACAGCUGGUCGGCCAAUCUGUGCGGUCGGAAGCGAUGGCUGCUGUUCCCCCCGGGGGAAGAGGCUGCUCUGCGAGACCGGGCGGGUUCGCUGGCCUACGACGUCUUGUCCCCCGCCCUGAGGGACCCCCAGCUCUACCCAGGCGCCGCCCAGAGCCACUCACCCAUCGAGGUCAUCCAGGAACCCGGGGAGGUCCUCUUUGUCCCCAGCGGCUGGUACCAUCAGGUCCACAAUCUGGAGGACACCAUCUCCGUCAACCACAACUGGCUGAAUGGCUGUAACGUGGACACAGUCUGGCGUUUCCUCAGGGCCGAGCUGUCAGCAGUCCAGGACGAGAUCGGGGAGUGGAGAGACAGCAUGGCGGACUGGCACCAGCACUGUCAGGUGAUGAUGAAGUCCUGCACGGGGAUGGACUUCUCCCAGUUCUACGUCUUCCUGGAAACCAUCGCCAGGAACCGGAUGGAGUGGCUGGACAGUGGGCUGGAGGACCCGGGGCCGGGCGGGGCCCAGGGAUCCGAGCUGGGACGGCGCCAGGCGAUGUUCGACCUGCACCGGGUCGGGGCUGCGCUGGAGUCGCUCCUCGCGGACGCCGACUUCACACGUCUCGAGGUGGACAGUCCGGGUCUGGGUUCGAGCCCGGGUGGCCUCCUGCGGGAGGUCAGAGAGGUGGCGGACUCGGCCUUGACGUGAUACCGUGGUGCCAGCCUCGCCUCGUCUCUCCUUCAGCCACGUGAUGUCCCGUAGCUCAGGGGUCAGAGCCCUCGCCUCGCAAGAGAGAGGAC